GCAGGGCAGACGGAAGUAGUGUCGGCAAAGUAGCCCCGCAGUCCGUGCAGCGCGGUACUGCAGAGCUGGAUCUUGGCUCACGCGACUUGGGCCAAGAUGCCGCGGUUCGCCUUGACCGUCAUCCGCCAUGGUGAAACAAGACUUAAUAAGGAGAAGAUCAUUCAAGGACAAGGUGUAGACGCGCCCCUUUCUGAGACUGGGUUUUGGCAAGCAGCUGCCGCUGGGCAGUUCCUGAGCAAUGUGCAGUUUACGCAUGCUUUCUCCAGCGACCUCACGAGGACUAAGCAGACCAUCCACAGCAUUUUGGAGAAAAGCAGAUUUUGCAAAGACAUGCCAGUGAAGUAUGAUUCCAGACUCCGAGAAAGGAUGUACGGAGUCGCGGAAGGCAAACCACUAAGCGAGCUUCGGGCCAUGGCCAAAGCCGCUGGGGAAGAAUGUCCCAUGUUCACCCCACCAGGAGGAGAGACAGUAGAGCAGGUAAAAAUGCGCGGAAAGGAUUUCUUUGAUUUCAUUUGUCAGCUAAUCCUGGGCAAGGCAGGCCAGAGAGAAAGCUGCUUGCCUGCAGCUCCGGGCAGCUGUUUGGAAAGCUCCUUGGCAGAAGUUUUCCCUGUGGGAAAACAUGGCAGCUUGGGGACGAAUCCCAAAGGUGGCGCCCUGGGCUUGGCAGCCAGCAUCUUAGUUGUGAGCCAUGGUGCUUACAUGAGAAGCCUCUUCAGUUAUUUUCAGAGUGACCUCAGAUGCUCGUUGCCAGGAGUGAGAGACAAAUUCGAACUCUCCUCCAUCACUCCCAACACUGGGAUCAGCGUCUUCAUCAUAGAGUGCGGGGAAGCACACGCGCCGUCCAUUCAGUGUGUGUGCAUGAACCUUCAGGAGCACCUGAAUGGAGUGACUGAGAAGCACUGAGGGUGCAGCCUUUCAGCGGAGCCUCUGAAGGCAGUGCCUUGGCCUUUGUGUUUCUGUCCUCUGCUCCUGCCGUUUUAGAAGCAGUCGAGAAUUCUUACGAUAAAGCCCCACCGGGGUUCUGGCUGUAUCAGACAUUAGUGGGAAUCUACUCACAGCCAACCUGGUUUUUCCGAGACAUCAUUUUCUACAGUGAUUUUGUCACUCUGUCCCAUUAUGUCUUUGAUCUAUUAACUUAUGAGGACGUUCAGUGUUGCACAUUGGGGAUAAGUAGCCUUCUUUUCCACAUGCUUCCUUUCUUUGGCCUUUUUGAUGUCUAGAUGGUGUUGCAUUUUGAGGAUAAUUGUAUGCUUUUCCACUUGCUUACCAAGUGCUUGCAAGAAAGAAUGGUUUCAAUAA